AUGCGUCUUCAACAUCUCAUUGCCGUCGCCGGCAUAUCCGGGCUGGCUGCCGGUGCCGUGGUUCCUUCCGGGCUCGGAAUUCGUAGCGACCCAGAGUUCGUCUACGAACAGGCGUACCGCAUCCGGAUCGCCAAGAACGGCGAAUUUCCUGAUUUCACCGACCGCGACUAUGAUCGUAUCCUCCCUGGCUUGCCGGACUCAAGCUCGCAGCUCUCGACCUGGUGGUUCGGGUAUCAGUCCGCGGGAACGCUGUUUACCAAUAUUGCCGUCGCGCAGCUAUGGCCAAGUGCUGUGUACUAUGAGCAGGUAUACCAUAGCGAGUUUAGUAGUACUUGGAAAGCCUACACAGACCAUGAGAAGUUUUUCCGCCUGUCCUUCAAAGCGCAAGGCCUGACAGAGUUCGACCCCGACUAUCCCGAGGAGCACAACGUAUUUGUGAACCGGGACGGUGACCUUGCACUGGGCGCCCCGGCGCCGACGCACCCUCCGGAAGUCUGGGGUCCCGCCCCCGGAACCUAUCUCGUAUGCCGCCGCGAGUUCCAGCACCGCGAGGUCUUGGCCAUUCGCUUUGCCUACUCGGUGCUCAACGAGACAGAAAACAUCCCGCACGGCUGUGUCCCUGUUAAGCUUGAGUCCCGGUGCGCGCAGCUGGAGCCGCUAGUGUUUAACAAGACGUGGAAUCAUGACGAGAUCAUCACUACCCCUUGCGUAAAGGAUGCGUUUAGCUGGGGUAAGAAGGCCGUACGCGGCCCAAGUCCCGUGGCACUCGAUUACAACAAGCCUGCAGCCAUGGCCCGUGAGCUGCAUCGAGGAUCAAAAGAAAACUAG